CCAUCCACCACAGUCCUCUAUUCCGUGUCCAGCCCACUUUAGGCUUUACUCAACUUACACACAUACAAAAUGGCCGAUCCCCGUGUUGAAGAGCUCCCCGACGAGGAGGUCCCCAAGACCCAGGUUGAGGAUGCCGGCAGCGACUCUGAGUCUGAGGCUGGCGAUGAGCCCACCAUCCCCGGUGGUGCCGCCGUCACCAUCCACUCUCGCAACGAGAAGAAGGCUCGCAAGGCCAUUGGCAAGCUCGGCCUGAAGCACGUCCCUGGCAUCACCCGUGUCACUCUCCGCCGCCCCAAGAACAUCCUCUUCGUCAUCAACCAGCCCGAUGUCUACCGCUCCCCUACCAGCAACACCUGGAUCAUCUUCGGUGAGGCCAAGAUCGAGGACCUGAACUCCCAGGCCCAGGCCUCCGCUGCUCAGCAGCUCGCCGAGGCCGCUGCCAACGAGCACGCCGGUCACGACCACGAGCACGACCACGCCCAGGGCAAGGCCCCCGAGGCUGAGGCCAAGAAGGAGGAGGAGGAGGAUGAUGGCGAGGAGGUUGAUGAGUCUGGCCUUGAGGCGAAGGACAUCGAAUUGGUUAUGGCCCAGGCUAAUGUGUCUCGCAAGAAGGCCGUCAAGGCUCUUCGGGAGAACGACAACGACAUUGUCAACUCCAUCAUGGCUCUUAGCAUAUAAGCGUUGUCACCUUAAUCGCACGCGCCAGUGGGUGAGUUGUAUCGACCCUGCUGGCAGGCUGGAUUGUGGGUAUGCAGCCAAAAUGAUGUCCUCUAGGGUGGAUACGUUGGCAAGUCCCAUUGUGUAAAUCAAUUGGCUCAGAAGCAGAAUUGAAUGAUCCAGAAAUAUUAUUAAGC